CGGCGCGGGCGGGCCGGGCCAUGGCGGGCGCGGGGCGGCUGGAGGAGCUGCAGCUCAGCGCCGAGGAGGCGGAACGGCUCGAACGGGCCCUGCGCGAUGAGAAAUUCCGGGAGCUCUUCGCCGAAUACGCGGCCGAGCUGGCCGACCCGGAGCAGCGACGGCUGUACGAGGAGGAGGUGGCGGCCCUGGAGCGGGAGCGCGGCGUGGAGGUGCGCUUCAUCCACCCGGCGGCGGGCUACGUGCUGCGCACCAGCCAGGACGGCUCCCGCCGCUGCUACCUCAACGUCUGCAGCAACCCGCAGGUCGGGGAGCCGCGGGCCCGCGCCGAGCCCGGCGGCCAGCGCUGGGACCUGCCCUACAGCCUGACGCCGGGCCGCGAAGAGCUGGGCCGCGGCGGCCGCCGCCGCCUGGUGUACGACGUGGUGUUCCACCCGGCCGCCCUCCGCCUGGCCGCCCGCAGCCCCCGCUUCCGCCGCCUGCUCAGCGACACGGCGCUGGAGGCCGUGGAGAGACACUGCGCCGUGCAGCUCGACCGCGCCAACGCCGCCCUGCUCCGCGGCGCCAAGUACAAGGGCGUCCCGCAGGCGCCCGUCAUCCGCACCCCGCUGCCCGCCGCCGCCCCGCCGGCCCCCGGCCGCCCCCGCUCCCCGCCCGCCGCUCCGCCGCCCGCCCGGCCCGCCGGCCCCGUCACGCCGCGCUGGAGCAUCCGGCACCGCUCCUACGUGGACCUGCAGGACUACCGGUGCUGCCGCGACUCGGCGCCCAGCCCGGUGCCGCGGGAGCUGGUGGUGACGGUGGAGCUGCCGCUGCUGAGCUCCGCCGCGCAGGCCGUGCUGGAGAUCCGCGGCCGGGAGCUGCGCCUGGACUCGCAGCGUCCCGCCUACCGCCUGCGCCUCCGCCUCCCCUACGACGUGCGGGAGAGCGCCGGGCGGGCCGCCUUCUGCAAGGCCCAGCGGCAGCUCCAGGUCACGCUGCCCGUGCUGCCGCCGCCCGGCCCGGCCCCGCCGCCCGCACCGCGCGGGCAGCGGCCGGAGGCGCCGGGAGAGCCGCCGGUGGCCGAGGCGGGCGGCGGGGCCGCUCCUCCCCCGGGCCCCGGUGUCGGGGAGCCCGCCCGGCGCCUCGCCGAGCCGUCACCCCCCGGCUCCGGCGACGAUCUCCCCGCUCCGAGCGGCAGCCCCGAGCCGGCCGGGGACGCCGUUCCGCGCCCUCCCGGGAGCAGCCCCGGCCGCAUGGCUCCUCCCCGGGGCCGCGGCAGCCCCCAGGCCGCGCUGUGCCCGCCCUUCCAGUGCCGGCAGGACCAGGCCUCCCUGACGCUGCUGCUGCACGUGCCCGGCAUCCACCCCCGGAGCCUCCGCGGGCAGGUGGGCACCAACCGCUACAGCCUCCGCUUCUCCAGCGACGCCGGCACCUUUGCCCUCUUGUUGCAGUUCUCUGAUGCCCACAGGCUGGUGUCCCCCGAGACCAGCGUGAGCGUCUCUCCCCACAACGCUGCCAUCGGGCUCGCCAAGGCCCCCGGCAGCUUCGGGCCCUGGGACAAGUUCUGCUGCGGCCCCGACGCCUCCGCUCUGCAGGAAAGACUGUUUGUCAGUGAAGAAAAUGUUGAUGGAUUCCUAGACACUGUUUUAUGCCCUCCUGUUUGCUCCAACUCAGCACUGGAAAGUCAGCCAUUAAUUGAAGUGCUUGAUGUUAGUGAGGACAGAAUUCAAAUCAGGCUGAAGCAGCAGGAAGCGGGACGUUCUGGACGGGAUGGAGAGGAGCAGGGGCUGAGCAGCGCGGGAGGAGAUCCUGCUGGAGAGACACAUGGUGACAACCUCCAAACAAAGGCAGAAACAAACCGUCCUGCAGCUGGCACCGUGGAGGAACGUGCUGCAGAGACCAAGCAAACUUCCACAGCUUUAGCAGCAGCUGAAACAAUAGGAAAAGUAGGUUGUAGUUCACACCGUUGUUUGCAGCCUGAACCUUCUGACACCGGUUCAGCGAUCUCUGGCGAAUCUAGGAAAAAGGAACCAGAUUUAGAAAGUGCUGUGGCAGCAGGCGGAGGGGCCCUGGCUGCAGGCUCUGACAAACAAGCAGAGCUGCUGCUGGGGGGGCUGGGGAGAGCAGGAGGGGAGGGAGCAGGGUGGGCAGGGGGGAGCCAGCCCAGCUCGGGCGCCCGCCCGGCAUCCCCGCUCCUGCAGGAAGUGGACAGGGACGGGAACGUGCGGAUCCUCAGGGAUCACGUCACGCGCUGCCCGCUCGCCUUCCAGAAUCCCUUGCUGUAUGAAUUGGACUAGGUUCAUUGUUGUAGGAUUUCCUUGUGUUGUUUGGUGCUUGCUGGAACUUCCACAUGCAGGUUUAUGGCCUGAGUGCUGGAGCAGAAGGCAGGUUCCCACCGAAACUGUUCUGUUCAUGUGUCAACAUAGGAGAACGCUUAGGUUGUUAAGAAUUCUUUAAGUCAAUAGGUCAGAGUUUUCUUAUCCCUGAAAUAGUUUUACUUACGAGAGAGAUGCAGCUGAAGGUGGGUCUGAGCUCCUGGAAGAAAAUGCAUCUUUAUUGUUUACAGAACUUUCUUUGUCCCUUGCCACGUUACAGGGAGUAUUUGUAGAUUUCCUUUUCCUAACGGCUCCCGCAGGGAUUGCUGUGUUUGGUCCACCUAGAAAUGAGCAGGAUUCAUCAUUUUUCAAACCUUUCAUUUUCUGGUAACUGCAGGAUUAGGACUUGCACCGAUUUUUUUUUUAGCAAUCAAAUGAAAUUUCUAAUUACACGGAGAAGUUCUAAUUGGUCUCCUAGAAAUAAUCAACAUCUAUACCAUGUAUUCCUUCCUAGUGCAUUACUUGAGAACACAGCACACAAACAUACCCCAGCCUGUCAUCCCAACAAAUUCAAUUGCAGGAUAAAAACAUCCUCUUUGGUCCCAUGCCUGCUACUAAGUAUUUACAAUUUGUAAAAUGGAUUCUCUUUAGCCAGACUAGAUUGACUUUUCAAAACCAGCUCCCCAGGAGCCCCAGCCUGCUGCUUGCUGCUUCAUCUCCCUCAAGUGCGAUACCCAAAAAGAACAUAUCUAAUAAUAAACUUUCAGUUCCCUUUCUCA